CUUCUCCUACCUUUGGUAGCCAAGAGAUUUGCCUAAAAGGUGAGAUUGCUCCCGGAAUCCCACCGCGGUGACGUGGCACGCCCAAUUAUAAAACGAAAUUCAAAAUACAUUUCACAUCCCGCUCAACAUUUUCGAGACCUCUUCUAAGCGUAAAAAACCUGGCCCCCAUUUCGCUCAGCCACUGUUAUUGACAGUCAACAACCACUCACUGCGGGUGACGCAACGGAGGUAGAUAGCCGUUGUUCUCUCCCUCACGCACAUCCCUGCGAAACGGGACAGUCACCAUUUCUGGGAUUCCAAAUCUGGCGUCGCCGCACCAACACCACAAGCCGCUGAGGAACUCCAACAUCCACAACCACCGCACGCCGCCUUCUAAAGCAAGCCAAGCCAAGCCGAAACUAUAAACUCUGGAAACCACCCAAAAAAAAAAAAAAAAAAGACGACUGAGAGAGAGAGAGAGAGUUGAACUCACCGCUCGCCAUUUCGUUAUCAAAUGGCGAGAAUCAAACAUCCAGCUAGCAGGAAAAAAUCAGUUUCUGGAAGGCCGUCAUCAGCAUCACCUGGUCCGAAGACGCCUCCUGGUGGAAGCUCAAACAUAACUGAAAGGGGUUCUCCACAAACUCCGAGAACACAGAGCCAGAAAAAGAAGCGACGCUACAGGCCAGGAACAGUGGCUCUUCGUGAGAUUCGUCAUUUCCAAAAGACUUGGAAGCUGCUCAUUCCAGCUGCUCCUUUUAUUAGAGUUGUAAAACAAAUAACCUUUCAAUUCUCUCAUGAUGUUAGUCGUUGGACAGCUGAAGCUUUAGUAGCACUACAGGAGGCAGCAGAGGAUUUUUUGGUCCAUUUAUUUGAAGAUGGAAUGCUAUGCGCAAUUCAUGCGAAGCGUGUAACUCUGAUGAAAAAGGAUUUUGAGUUAGCACGUCGGCUUGGAGGGAAAGGAAGGCCCUGGUGAGAGUAUUAUACCAGUAACCAGAAUCAUCGUAACUGAUUGUAACCAUUAUAAUGUGAAUUUGCACUUUUUCUUUGAUGGAAGUUACCUUGUUUUAGUUUGAGUACUGAGAAUUAGGAAGUAGGAAGCAUUCUCACUUUCUUUGACAGGAUGCAUAAUCAUCAAGUGUAGUUGUUUGAUCAUUAAGCAUAUGAUGGGAUGCUGGCCUGUAAGAUUCCAAGUAAAGUUAGGGAGAUGACAUACAGAUUGGAAUGGCAAAAACGUUAUGGCCGCCAUUUGUGUAUUAUACAGAUGAUGUCUUACACCAUUCAUUUGAUCAAUUUUUAGUUUUUCAGCAGAA